ACUCCCACGCUCCAUAUGGAUUCUGGGUUCUGUGGAGCUGCGAGGACCGCGAACAUUUGCUAAUAUUCGUAUGCACUCCACGCAGUUUCUGUGGCUGCGCAUCCCACCAUAAUUGAGACGGUGAGACCAAAUGCGGUCAAUGUGACCAGCAACAACCACCGUCCUUCCUUCAUCCUGCUUCCUUUCAUUCACCGCAGGCUCUGUCAAGUCCGUCAGUAUCAUCAUGGCCAUCAAUCCUGCCUCGAAACCACAGCACUUCAUGGAGCUCACUCAAAAUCCUCAUCACCACCACCGCGUGCUCGCCCACGACCUCUACCAACCCAUGCCCAAUCCUCACCUCCUACACGGCGAGGCUAAGAGCUCCGCCGCUUCCGCAGCCUUGCAGAGCGAUGAAGCUAUGAUCUCCCGCCACCGAACCGCCUCGACCUUUGACACCGAGAGCCAGUCUCCUACGCAUACCUCCCCGUCUGAUCCUUUAGACCUCACUCGCCGUCUCAAAUCCCGGUCGGAGCUCGACCAUAUCACGGCCAACACUGCCCGGAAACGGAAUGCUUGCAACCCGCUUCAUUUGGCGGGGCAAUCCCAACAGUCCAAGAUCACAAACUUCUACGAGUCGCAGAAUGAACAGAUCGAGAGGCUGCUGAAGCCCGUAGAUGAGCAUGUCAGAGAAGCAAGAGACACGCAGACAUCGACCCAGCUACGCUUCCAGAUUGCCGUGUACGGCUCGUUUGUGGCGAACAUCAUUCUUGCAAUUCUACAGGUCUAUGGUGCCGUUAGUUCGGGCUCUCUAUCCCUAUUCACAACCAUGGCGGACGCAAUAUUCGACCCCUUGUCCAACAUUACACUUAUAUUGUCCAACAAAGCGGUCAAUAGAGUCGAUGCGCGCAAAUUCCCCGCCGGCAGAGCACGAAUAGAAACAGCCGGAAACAUCGUGUUCUGUUUCCUUAUGACAGCUGUCUCCUUCAUCCUGAUCGCUUUCUCCGUACAGGAGCUGGUGAGAGGCUCGAAUGAAGACACCAAGAGAUUCCAUCUCCCGUCUGUUGUCGCCGUGGCUGUUGCAUUUGCCACGAAACUCGGGCUGUUCCUGUAUUGCUGGGCACUCAGGAAUCAAUACUCCCAAAUUCGCAUUCUGUGGGAAGACCACCGCAACGAUCUGUUCAUCAACGGCUUUGGUGUGUUGACGUCGGUGGGCGGGAGCAAGUUGCGUUGGUGGAUAGAUCCGGCUGGCGCAAUUGUUCUCUCAGUCUUGAUUUCCGUCCUGUGGCUGCAUACUGCAUACUCGGAGUUCCAGCUCCUCAUUGGUAUAUCCGCUGACACCGAGACACAACAACUUAUCACCUACGUCUCUAUGACACACUCGGAGCACAUUAAGCAUAUCGAUACCGUGAGAGCAUGGCACAGUGGACCGAGAUUGGUCGUGGAGGUGGAUGUCGUUAUGGACCCUGACGAGUCCCUGAGAGUGAGCCACGACAUCGCCGAGGACCUGCAGAUGAAGCUGGAGAGUCUGCCCAACGUAGAGAGAGCGUACGUCCAUGUGGACUACGAGUUUGAGCAUCGGCCAGAGCAUUUCUUGAAAAAGGAGUUAUAGAAAGGUGAAACCAAAAAAACCGGAUGGGAGGCUGUAUACAUGUGGUGCAUUUGUUUUUGGAGUGUAUCUUUGAGGGUAGUUCAGACGGCUCCGACCUAGACAGCGGGUCAGGAGCCUUGAGGCAUAUUUGGUUGGACACGAUUCAUGACAAGACAUUCUCCAUCUCGUGGACGGGUAGUCGAGCCCGUAUUUGUCGGGAUGUGGUGUAUAAUGAAGAUCACCAAUUCUUCUCCCUG